CACCCCGCCUCUCCGUUCCGCCAUUUUGCGCGUUUCAAGCGCACAAGACGAACGGACCUCGCGCGCCAAUAGCGUGCGAGAAUUCCCGUGUCGGUCGUCUCGGCCGCCGCAUGAGAACACCGCCUUGCGAGUGCACGCCGAGCCGAGGCAAGCGAGGGAAUGCCCGAUGCCUUUUUUAACGCGAGCAUGUGAACGGAUCUCCGACUAGAUUGUCCGAUACACUCGCGUAGUGGCAUCUCGCACGCGCGCGCACGCGAUAGAGAGAAGGAGACAGAGCGACAGGGGGUUGAGUAGAAAAGGCGAGAGAGCGAAAGAGAGAGAAGAAUCACGAGAGUUAUCUGGCAGCGAGAGUGCACGGACGGACGAACGAACGACGCGAUAUAUCACGGCGUUUAUGUCGUACGACGUGUUCGCGUUCCUCGAGUGAAGAAACGCGCAGCGGACGAGGGAGAAACGCACGCAAAACGCGCUCGCGAGAAGAGAGAUAGUCGAGGAAGAGAGAGAGAGAGAGGGAGGAAGAGGAAGAGAGAGAGAGAGAGAGAUAGAUAGAUUCGCCGUUUCUGUCGACGACGACGAACCGCGCCACGGUUGUACGGACGGACAAACGCGCGGCCCGAUCGUGCCCGAUCGCUCGUCGACGCUCGCUCUUCUCUCGUUGUAUCGCCAGCUCUCCGACCGGACAUUAUCGUGCAUUCUCUCGUCACAGUGUCUCGCGGCCUGUGCGCUCGUCUACCUACGCCCGCUUCGCGAAUGUGGACACUUAACGGUGCGCCGUGUGUUGUCGCUACCGCUACCACCGCCACUGUGCAUUUCAUGUGCCCGCUGCUGGACUCCUCGUCGCUGUUCGCCAACGGAUUUUGACGAGUGUCAUCGAGCGUUCGGCGAGAAACCGCUCUCCAGCCCGCGGGGAUCUGGAUUGUCAACCUGAUUGCGCGGCGCCCUCGAGGGCGAGAGAGAGACAGAGAGAGAGAGAGAGAGAAGGCGAGAGACAGAGAGAGAAAGACGGAUAGAGGGUGAGCGAGAGUGAGAGGAAGAGAGAGAGAGAGAGAAAGGAAGAUAGAGAAGGAGAGAGGCGCCUGCUGGUGGCUGUCCGCUCCGUCGCUCCGCGCUUUCCUCCCACCCAAAGUGGUAUCAAUGUUGUCUGGCAAUGGUGUGUAAGGAGAACGUGGUAUCAUGGUUUGGGAAUCUGUCCAGUUAUAAACGUAUCGAUGUAAUGUGCACGUUGCUGAACAUGUGCUUGCCGUUUGAAGUACGAUACCUCGGCACGUGCGUCGAGGAUAUCGGCAAGCGGGAUUACAAUGACCUGCGCGACACGGAGCAUCAUGCAAAUAGCGCCUCCGAGUUGGCCGAGUUGACGGCGAACUCCAACGUGACGGACAAACGGACGCGGAGAAAACUGGCUCUCUACACAGCGCUAUUGCACUCGUGCAAUUACGCUUGUGCGGUGAUUCUGUACAAGAACCUGUCGAACCUCGACCAUCAGGAGAUCACCAAUCUGCUGAACGGGACCAGCUUCAACAACAUGGACGACCAGCCCCUGGAGGAGUUGCUGUUGCUGUACACGAUGGCGCUGAACCAUCCGGCCUUCACAUACGAGCAGAAGAGUGUGUUCGGCAACAUAUUCAUCAAGCUCCAGGAGGAGGAGGCUCGUCUGAAUCUCUCAAAGAUAAACUCCUCUUUCAAGCCGGCACAAGGCUGCGGGCCAUGCAUGAGCACGAACGAGAGGUUGAUGGAGCCUGAGAUCCCGAGUAGCUGUUUAAUGCCGCCGCCGCCGAUGCAGCCUUAUCACGGCGAAAUGGCGAUGAGAAACAAUGCUAUGGUGACCGGAGUGCCGCCCGGCCUCACAAUACCUCCCCCAGGAUUAUGUCUGCCGGGGACCCCGGAGCAAAUACCCAUGGGAGCCGGCGGUACCACGCAAUACGUCCACCUGUUCCCGUCGAUGAACCAUCUGCCCCCGUGGACAGUCAGCCGCCAGUCCUCGCCAUCCCAGUCAAGAUCCCCUAGUCGCAGCAACUCGCCUAUGGGCCGCGGUCGGACUAACGCCAACCCGCGCACCUCGUCCACGCAAGUCGCCCAGUCCACCUCCAACACGAUGACGACGUCAUCGUCGGCGACCGGUUCUAACAGUCAGACGAGCAUUUCCGGCUCGGCCGCCACUAACAACAACAACAGCAAUAACAACUCCUUGCCGCCCUUACCGACGCUCGGCGCGAGCAGAAGUCUUCCUAGUCAACAGCCGCCGCUGCUCCCAUCGUCGCGAUCGGUUCCCUUGUCCAUCACGAGCUCCUCGAGCUCCUUCUCCCGGCACAACAGCGUCGAUAACAACACCCCAUCGUCCACCCUGAUCCCGGCGAGCCAACAGAAACAGGCCCCGCCACCGCCGCGACUCAGGUCGUCCAACUCCGGCGAUUCUCUCCGGGAGACUCUCGGCAAGGAGAUGCCGAACUUCAAGGGCAACCUGCAGAACCUUUCUCGCGACGAGAUCGGAAGGUUGAGCGACGAGGACCUGAGGAACAUCGGCUUUACACCGAACGCAGUGGGACAGUUGAGGAGUAUAGUCAAAAGUCAAACCACUAACGGCUUAAACCAAAUUCCGGCCGAUAAAAAGCUGGACAAUACGAGCAACACCACACACCCGGUCGCCGAGUCGAUCGAGAACGAGGUCGUGCCAGGAAUGGAAGUUUUAGGCGAUAGCAAUAACACGAGCGGGAAAUCGAUGCCGCUACAGGAGCAGCAUCCGGCGAUGCAUCAUCACAAUCACGUGGCUACUCCCAACAUACGGCGUUAUCCUGCCGCCGUGCCGUCGUUAGAUCCCGCGCAAAUACAAAUGUACCCCGCGCCGCCGCAGAUGUACACGGCCCAGAACGCGCCGUGUUACACUUGUCUCACCGUACCGGUAGCAGGAAUGCAAAACCGAUUUUCAAGGUGCAACGCUCAACACGUGUACUGCCUGGCGCAGCUGCAGGCGCUGCGGCUCGACUCCGAGAGCAGCCGACAUUGUUCUCAGAGCAGCAGUUCCGACAGCACCGGCAGCAGGUCACCGCCCGAGACGCCGCCGGCCGCGCCGUGGGUCAGCGCCGACAACAACAACGUCGCGAACGAGCACGUGAACAGCGCGCCGGUACACCCGACGACGACGGCCCCGCCACCGCCGCCGCCGCACGUCGCGCAGCCAGCGUCCCAGCAGACGAUGCAGACGUCGGAGAGGCAGCUCGCCAGGAAGAAUCCGCAGGCGCGCGCGACGAUGCGGCAGAAGAGCCAGGGGAUGCUGAACGGGAACGGUAACGGCGGACCGCCGAGUCUGCCGCACUGUCCAGCCGUGUCCUUCCCGGCGCCGCACUCGCAGCUUACGUAUCUACCGCACGGACACUUCCCGGCGGCGAUACGGCCGAGCACCACCGGCAUCUACUCCAACUUCCUGCACGGGCCGUCGGCGGCGCGACCCGCCUAUCCGGGCGCGUACCAGCCGAACGGCGAGAUGAUGUACCCGUACACGGGGCAUCCCGGGGCGUCCGGCGGCACACCGCCGCCGAACGCCGCGGCCGCCGCGACGCCGGUCCCGGCCUCGUACAUGCCGCCCACGCCGGUGGUGACGUACGCGGCGGCGGUGAUACCGCCGGCGAAGAUCUCUUGCUACAACUGCGGCAGCAGCAAUCACCUCGCGGUCGACUGCAAGGAUCAGACGAUGGAGGACCUCACGAAGAAAGCCCAGUACCGACUGGACUACACGAUAAUGAAGCAGCCUGGGGAGUGCCCGAGUUCCGACAAGUGAUCCCCUGCCACGGACCGUCACUCCGCCACCGCUCACCACUAUUGUCACCGCCAUCGUAACCGCAACUGUUGCCAUCAUCGUCAUCACCGACACCGCCACCGGCACUACCACCAACAGCACCACCACCACCAGCACCACCAACGCCACUACGACCACCGUGAGCACUAUCAUCAGCAAGAACAGCAGCAUCACUACCAUUGUCACCGAUACCACCGGUUCGCCGAUGCGAGCCGAUUUAAGGACGACAUGUCGCGAGACGACGAAUACUACUACCGUUCCUCGUACAAGUUUUCGGUAAUUUUUCUAAACGUUCUACCCUACGUUCAGAGCUACGACGAUGACGACGCUAACGCUGACGCUGACGCUGACGACGACGCCGAUGCCAAGCACGACAACGACAGCGACGACGUUUUUUUAAACGAGGAUGUUCCGCGGUUCAUGGUACCGGGUAUUAUACCUUUUGCAAAUUCUUAUGUAUGAUAGAAAUGGCGAAGAGCGAUGUGAUCGCAGAACUGUAAAAUAUGGUGUAGUAGUACUGUACAAAAAGGAAGAAACCGGGAAGCGAAGCGAUAAAUAAUAAUCGAUGAAGUGAGGAUGGAAAAAAAAAGAGAAAAGACGGGGGAAGGCCGCCAUGCGAUGUGUGACGAUGGGACACAUUGUUUUGUCCGUGGUUUUCUUUUCUUCCUUUUUUUCUCGUUCGCCGUCGAGAACACGAAUUUCGAGGGAUCCUUUUUUCCGAUUUUCGACAGUAACUCGCGUCCUUCCAGCGAUACCUGUGUCGGCCACUUAAUCGCUGCAAUCGACACCCCCUCCCCCGCCCCUCCGCAAUGCUCCUGUCCUCCCUCCUGAAUCCCAAAUCCUUCUCUUAGUGAUUUAACUGUACGUAAGCGAAAUACCAGGACGAAAGGACAGAGAACGCGAUUGUGCUUGAAGGGCCAAGCGGGGAAGCGAAGAUCAUACGAGGUUUGACUAUAUUUAGCAAUCGGUACUUUUACUUCUAAUCCACUAUGUCUACUACCGCUCUAUUACUAUUACUACUACUAUUAAACUAUUACUUCUACUAUCGCCGCUGCGCCACGACGUUUUUAUGUACAUAUAUUUUCUCAAUUCUUACGUGCGCGAUGAUCCGACAAUGACGCGAAUGAAGAGAAGAAGCAUGUAAUAUAUGUGAGAUAGAGAUGUGAUCGCACGUACGCGUGUUUGUGUGUGUAGUGUGCGCGUGUGUGUGCAUGUGAGCGUGUAUUUGUACGUGUGUACUAGUGUGCGUGUACGCAAAUAAGAAAUGGAAUGCGAGAAGAGGCAGGAAGGCGAAAAAGAGAGGAGGAGGAAAGGAAAAGUUAAACGAGAAAGGGAAAAUGGGGAAAGGGAGAGAAGAAAGGAGUGAAAGAGCAACAAACCAAAAGUGUUCGAUCAUCCAGCUGCCGUUGCGCUCCUGUGUGCGUUUGCCCGCGUGCGUGUGUGCGUGUGUGUAAAAUUACGCGAAAUAUAUAUUAUAUUAUUAUAUACACAUAUAUAUAUAUCGU